AUGAACAAGAGACAAUAUCCAUGUGACGUAUGCGAUAAACCGUUUAAAAAUAUUACCAAAUUAACUGAACACCGGAGGUCCCACACAGGCGAGAAACCGUACCCGUGCGAUGUGUGCGACAAGUCGUUCACCAAAAAUAUCAAUCUAACUGUACACCGGAGGACGCACACAGGUGAGAGACCGUACCCGUGCGAUGUGUGCGACAAGUCGUUCACCCAAAAUAUCCAUCUAACCGUACACCGGAGGACGCACACAGGUGAGAGACCGUACCCGUGCGAUGUGUGCCACAAUGCAUUCGCUGAUAGUAGCUCGUUGAUUGUACACCGGAGGAGGCACACAGGCGAGAAACCGUAUCCGUGCGAUGUGUGUGACAAGUCAUUCGCUGAUAGUAGCUCGUUGAACGUACACCGGAGGAGGCACACAGGCGAGAAAUCGUAUCCGUGCGAUGUGUGUGACAAGUCAUUCGCUGAUAGUAGCUCGUUGAACGUACACCGGAGGAGGCACACAGGCGAGAAACCGUACCUAUGCGAUGUGUGUGACAAGUCAUUCGCUGAAUCUAGCACUUUGACUACACACCGGAGGACGCACACGGGUGAAAAACCAUACCUAUGCGAUGUGUGUGACAAGUCAUUCACUAAUAGUAGCUCAUUGAACGUACACCAGAGAACUCACACAGGUGAGAAACCGUACCCGUGCGAUGUGUGCGACAAGUCGUUCACCGAAAAUAUCAAUCUAACUGUACACCGGAGGACGCACACAGGUGAGAGACCGUACCCGUGCGAUGUGUGCGACAAGUCGUUCACCCAAAAUAUCCAUCUAACUGUACACCGGAGGACGCACACGGGCGAAAAACCAUACCUAUGCGAUGUGUGUGACAAGUCAUUCACUAAUAGUAGCUCAUUGAACGUACACCAGAGAACUCACACAGGUGAGAGACCGUACCCAUGCGAUGUGUGCGACAAGUCAUUCACUCAUAGUAGCUCAUUGAACGAUCACCGGAGAACGCACACGGGCGAAAAACCAUACCUAUGCGAUGUGUGUGACAAGUCAUUCGCUAAGAGUUGGACUUUGACUGUACAUCGGAGGGUGCACACAGGUGAGAAACUCUAUAUGUGCGACGUGUGCGGCAAGUCGUUCGUUAAUUGUAGCUCGUUGACUGUACACCGGAGGACCCACAUGGGCAAGGAUAUUUAA